AUGGAAGUACACCAGCCGAUUCUUCAUAUCGAGGCUCGUGUCAAGACCAACAACGACGGCAUCAUCGUCCGCACUGAUCUAAUCCGCGAUGAGCUCACAAAUUGGAUUGCCGACAAGUUCGUGGUCCUCUCUCUGGGACAAAAGAUUGUCUCCUUCGGCAAUAACGCACACGCACAUGCUCUAGAUUCUAUGCUCGUCUGCGAUUGCAGCGGGGACACCGCCCAGUCCGGAACAUACCAGCUGCACCAAGUGAAACUAGAUGUCCAGGCAUACCAGCUUCACACACAACCAGAGCCCGAAGAUCCACAGACACUUGAUGGCUCUACCGGAAUUGGCGUGGAAUUGACGAGGGCAAGAAUCAUGGCACUACCUAACAUGGAUCUGAAUGGGCUCUGGGAAUCCUUGCACUUUGAUCAACCUAUCCAGUCUACACUCCUGACAGCCAUAAGCAGAAUGCUCUCAUUCUCUGUCUGCAAGCUCGACAGAUGGACUAUUACCUGGAACAAGCUGGUCCUCCUAUGGGGGCCACCUGGGACCGGGAAGACAAGCCUGUGUCGCGGUCUGGCUCAGAAGCUUGCAAUACGCCUAGGGAAAGACUACCCCCAAAGUAAACUAUUCGAGAUCAAUGCGCAUGCGCUGGGAAGUAAGUUCUUCAGCGAAGGGGCGAAGUUAGUGGAUCAGAUGUUCGAGCGCAUAGAUGUGCUGCUCGAAGAAGAGGAUGAAACGCUCGUCUGCGUGUUCAUCGAUGAAAUCGAAACACUAGCUGCCCGGAGAGAUCGAGCGCUGAGUAACAACGAACCGUUUGAUGCCAUUCGAGCGGUGAACGCCCUGUUGACAGGUCUCGACAAAGUCAAGGCUCAUUCGAACGUGGUUGUAGUCUGUACGAGCAACUUGUUGACCGCAUUGGACCAAGCCUUUCUCGAUCGAGUUGACAUCAAGCAAUAUGUACCUAAUUUAUCCAGCCGGUCGAUAUAUCGCAUCUACAAAGACUGUCUGGAGGAGAUGAGUCGCAAUCAGAUCAUCGAUGGUACCGCCUUUGAUGUGAAACUGAUCGACCCGAAUGAUCCUCACACGACGCUGUCGUACGUUGAAAAACCAGCCAAACAGCUCUCAUUACCAACGUACGAUGAGACGGUUAUCAACUACAUAAUGUUUUCAGAGGCCGUACCCACGCUGCUGGCUGAGGCAGUGUCGGAGAGUCUGGGACUGAGCGGCCGGACCAUUCGUCGGUUACCCAUCUUGUCGCUGGUGAUGUAUGGAGGAGCUGGAAGAGGGAGCGAUAUUCGGAGGGCGAUUCAGGCGCUGCGGAACGGCAUCGCGGCGGAAUGGCAGACGAGCCAAUUAGAGCAGGCCGAUUGCAACCAAGUCAGUGAGGCGAACGGGGCCUGGGCAAGGGUGCAAGAGCCAUUGAAGGUGGUGAGCCAGGCAAUGGAGAUGCAGGAGGGCAGAUGAACGAGUUCGAAAAGUUUGAGAUAGG